UCCCCACCUAACUCUUUCCUCAGAACGCAACCUUCCAAAAAAAUAUCCUCCUCUUCCUCUAGACUCCUCGCAAUCAAGCUCUCUCGAAAUGGCACCAAAAGCCGAGAAGAAGCCCGCCGAGAAGAAGCCCGCUGAGGAGAAGAAGACGGUGGCAGAGAAAGCCCCGGCAGAGAAGAAGCCGAAGGCAGGGAAGAAGCUUCCCAAAGAAGGAGGCGGCGCUGCUGCCGGAGACAAGAAGAAGAAGCGGGUGAAGAAGAGCACGGAGACAUACAAGAUUUACAUCUUCAAGGUCCUAAAACAAGUUCAUCCAGACAUAGGGAUUUCCAGCAAGGCUAUGGGUAUCAUGAAUUCCUUCAUUAAUGAUAUUUUCGAGAAGCUAGCACAGGAAUCCUCCAGGUUAGCCAGGUACAACAAAAAGCCCACUAUUACCUCAAGGGAGAUCCAGACGGCUGUGAGGUUGGUGCUGCCUGGAGAGCUGGCCAAGCAUGCUGUUUCCGAGGGUACCAAGGCUGUUACUAAGUUUACAAGCUCUUGAAUUGUUGUUGUGGUAAAGUUGGGUUUUCCCUAACCAUGCGUGUUAGUGUUAGGGUUUAUAAAUUGUAAGUGGGGGAGUUUGGAUAUGCUUAUUUACUCAAAUCCUUAUUCAUUGCUUGGAGGCAUAGCAACUCCUUUCCUCUGUU